AUAAAAGAUUUUAAAGCUUUAUAACAUAUUUCAUAAUGUCUUAUAAUCCAAAAGUUAAUAAUGCACUUAAUAGAUCAUAUGCAUUAUUAGAUAACACUCUUAAUUGUGAUACAUUUUAUGAACUUAGAAAACAAAUACUUCUUGAUGAUGAAUCACUUACGGAAAAUGAAAAAUCUGAAGCAAUAAAAAUAAUUACUAAAACUUAUGAUCUUAACAAAGUUACUUUUAAUCAAGGAACAAGAAGAAUUUGUGAAAAUUGUAACCAAGAAUGUUUAGCUACGACAUAUUGUGAAUAUUGUGUUCGAAAUUAUUUAAAAGCAAAAUUUUCAAAUUGGACAUCUGAAAAUGUUAUUAUUGAUAAUUUAAUACAAGAAUGUCAAAUGAAGACAAUUAAACCAAGCCUAAUACCAGAAUGGAUUCCAUAUAAUAAUCUACAAAAUAUUAAAUAUCUGACAAAAGGUGGAUUUUCAGAAAUUUAUACAGCAGUCUGGAUCAAUGGAUCAUAUGAUGAAUGGGAUUCUGAAGGGCAACAAUUAAAAAGACUUGAAAAUUGUUAUGUAAUACUUAAAGAAUUAGAAAAUGUUGAAAAUGCAAAUCAAAAUUGGCUUGAAGAGGCUAAAUCACAUUUAAAUAUAAGCAAUAAAUGGAAUGGUAUUGUCCAAUGUUAUGGAUUAACACAAGAUCCAUCAAAUGGAAAUUAUAUGCUUGUGAUGAAUAAAUAUGAUAUAGAUUUAAGAAAAUAUUUACAACAAAAUCAUAAUCAACUUACAUGGAAAGAAAGAAUUCAAAUUAUUACUAAUAUAACUCUUGCACUUCGAAGAAUUCAUGAUGAAAAUGCAAUUCAUAGAGAUUUGCAUUCUGGAAACAUACUGUAUAAUUUUGGUGAAGUAUUCCGUAUUAGUGAUCUUGGAUUUUGUGGACCUGCAGAUAAACCAUUAAAAAGUAUAUAUGGAAAUCUUCCUUAUAUAGCACCUGAGGUUAUUAUUGGAAAAGAAAAGACUUUUAAAUCUGAUAUUUAUAGUAUUGCAAUGCUUAUGUGGGAAAUUUCAUCUGGACAACCACCAUUUAUUGAUUGUGAACAUGAUUAUGAUCUUGCUAUGAAUAUUGUUAAUGGAAUAAGACCUAGGAUUAUACUAGGAACUCCUUUAGAAUAUAAAAAUUUAAUGAAACAAUGUUGGGAUGCUGAUCCAUUAAAAAGACCUGAUAGUUUUAUACUUAGUAAAAAAAUGAGUGAAAUUAAUUUAUUUUAUCAAAGUAAAUCAAAUGAAUCAUUAACUCAACCAGAAGAAAAUAAUAAUUUUGAAAUGGAAAAUUAUACCAGCAGUGGCAAGCUAUUUACAAGUAAACUUCAUCAAUUUGAUAAUCUUCCUGAACCAAGAAAUGCAACAGAAGAAGAACAAGAAGCAUUUUAUAGUAACAAAUCAUAUAAUUUUCAUAUUCCUAAUAAUGUUGAUGAUUUUGAUAAAUUAAGUAGUAAGAAAAAUAGUACUUCAAAAAUAAGUAGCUUAUUUAAAGCAGCAAAAAGUUAUCCAAUAUAUUUAAAAGAAGCUCAAAAAAUGAUGAUUAUAAGAUUGAGUCAAUGCGAAAGCGAAUAAAGAAACUUCAUAUUAGCGAUAAUGACGAAGAUGAUACGUACAACAAUCCGAAUCUUCAUUCAGAAGAACAAGAUGAAUUGGAACUUCCUAAGAAUUUAUUUUAAAUGUUGAAUUUUAUUAACUUAAAUUGUUACAAUUUAAUAUUAUAGAUGCUUAGGUACAAAUGUUGUAUAAAUUAAACGACACUUAUAC